GCAUUUUGCAAUUGCAUGCACAGCUGGAGGCCGCGCAAGGCGCACGACUGCAUUGAGCAAUCGCAAACGACUGCAUCGAUCACUACAAGUGACACUUUGACCGCUGCUGCAUCGCUGACAGCCGUGCGAUGCAACUCGCUGCACUGCUCCUGCUAUGCAUUGCACAGAUUGAUGCCAAGCCGCGCGGACUGGGACCCGCCGGGCGCGACUACAUUCUGUCAGUGCUGCCACAAGCUGAAAAACUAGGCACGUUAUCAGAAGCAACAAUAGAGGUGCCGGCCGCGACCGACGGCUCUACGCUGGCACAACAAGUCCGAGCCCUUGACGCGCAAGCCGCGCGCCGCAUCCAGGAACGGGACGCGCGGCAGGCAGCGAGGAAAGCUAGGGAGACGCAGCGCGCCGUCGCGCGCACUUUUAAUGCAUUGAGCGAGGAGCCGGUGCUGGCACCGGUCGCGGACGAGGACGAGGACGAGGAGGUUGUGGUCGAGGAGCCGGUGCCUACGGAAAUACUUUGUGUAUUAUGUAGAGAAGCGAAGCUUGGUAAACAGGGCUGCGCCGCGUUGUUGAGGCUCGCGUCGAGGCAAGGCGUCGUGACGGAGAUAGGUAUAGCCGAUGCGAGGAUCGACGACGGCGGUCUUGAAACGUUGCUCGAGUGGGCCCUGUGUCGAGGGGGGCGACGGUUGCGGGUCAAGCGCGACGCGUGCGGCCACUGUGACCUGGCGAAGCUUAAGAGAAUGAACGCGACCGCGACGCUCGAAGUGUUGGAAUUGGAGCAUUUGGGGCUGGAGGAUAUUAGUGGGCUGGCCGACUUAUUGACACCUCACGCUUCUUCCCUAAAGCGGCUUUCGCUGCGGGGCAACGCGCGGAUCUGCGACGCCGGUAUCGUAGCUCUCGCGAAGGCCUUCGUGAGGACGGCGUCAGCACUCGAAGUGUUGGAUCUGCGGAACACGGGCUGUUCGGACGGCGGCGCUGUUGCAUUAGCGCGGGCGCUGAAAGCGCGGCGCGACGCCGGCUUGCCAAACGUGGCCGUAGACGUGGGCGAGAACCUGCUGUCGGCGAAGGGUGCGAAUGACCUCAUGCGGGAGUGCGCGGUCUUGGAUCUGAGACGGAACGACCUCCAGGGCGCGCGCUUGUCACUGAAAAACGCGCCGCACCUCAAAACCCUGUCCGUGGCAAGCUGCGCGUUCACUCCACUAGAUGGGGAGGCUUUUCUGAAACAGGCCGCAAAAUCUAGUAUAGAGGUACUGGACCUCUCGGGCAACGCCCUGUGUGGAAAUCAAAUUUCGGACGCCCGUCGACGUCGUCUCCGUAACUGCAUCUGCUCCAUGGCGUGGAGAUUCUACGCCAUCGACGCGACGUCGUCCCCGUGGCCGCAUCGGCUCGAUGGCGUCGAGGCUCACGAAGGUCCACGCAGAUAACCUAACUCACUGGUUGAUUACACAGGCAACGCCCUGACGACCGUCGAGGCGAAACGUAGAGCAGCAAAGAAAAAUCCCAAGGUCGUCCAGAAGCUCGCCAAGAUCACGUCGAAGGUCGCUCCACAGACAAAGGACGACGGGCCUUCGUCGGACGCUCUGAGUCUCUGCGCUCGAUUAUUGCGGUCGCCAGCAAAGUUUCCUUCCUUACAAUGGCUGGGGUUGCAGGACGUCGGCCUGACGCCGUCGCACAGAGGGCUGGUGUCAGCUGCUUUGAAGAAGCGGCGGAAGACUGGCGGCUCAUCGAUCGUGUUAGAGGCCAUCGCCAACAACGCGGCCAAAGCUCCAAAGAGUAAGGGACCACAGAUUUAACAAAA